AUGUCUUACAAUAGACCAAAUUCUUCGAGGUCGUCAACAGCACACGUUGAUAAUGGACAUCUCGCGCCGCCUAUUAUCGAUGACAACGAGCCACUUGCUGACGUGGUUCGAAAACUGUACAAUUACCUGACCCUAGCUAUUUCUGAUGUCUCAUAUUCAUUCGAUCAAAUGAGGUCUUCUUCCAAUGGCCAGAGCCUCAGGAUCCUUAUUUACUCACUGGCAGAUAUGUCGCAUAAUCCUUAUAUUAUCUCUGCUUUGAUGAUCUUGAAGUGGGAGUUUAGUAAUACUGAUGAUUCCGACUGGGGUCUAAAUGAAAGCCGGGGAGACGCAUGUGAAUAUGUUGCCUGGCAGUUCCUCUGCCAUCUGGAUCAACGCGAGACCAUUGAGUUCUUGCUGGAGGACCUGAAAUUCCCCACCCAAAACACUGCAACGCUUUCUCAAGCGGAGAGAGGUGCAGUGGGUUUCGGAACGUCCGCUGGUGAACAAGGCACAAGAGAAAAUGGAGAAAGAAGCCCGUUACUGCAAGCCCCGUCCUCUACUAUUUAUCAAAUUCUUGGUGGCGGGAAACGUAUAGGAAACUUCCUUUCUCUAGACCGGGACACUCGCGGCUCUUCUCAAGAACUACAGGAGCUUGAGGAGUUUUCCAUUUUUUUUGGAUUGAACGCACUUGAAAUCGCAACUAUUGCCCACGCAAAGAAGUUUCUGGGCCAAAAAGUUGUCCAGAGAGUCAUAAACAAUAUCUGGAACGGUGAAAUCGUAUUUUGGGAUACUCUGAGUGUGCAAUCGACCAAGAGACCACACAUUCUUGACAGGCGAACAUCAGAUCUUUACUCACGCCUAAGAGUGCCGGUCUAUCGAAAAGCGUUCGAAGCCGGCUUUUUUGUUUCGUUUCUCAUGCUGUAUUAUGCCGUCCUCGUCGAGAGGAAGGCAAAUGGCAUAGGAAUUUUUGAGAUGCUGUUGUAUUUAUGGAUCGUUGCCUUUGCAUAUGAUGAGGUGAGUGACAUGGCUGAUGCGGGAAUGCUCUUCUAUCAGAUGGACUUCUGGAAGUUAUGGAAUAUGGGCAUCAUUGGCACGGGGGUUGCCUUUGUCAUUGCAAGGGUUAUCGGUCUGGCCCGGGAGAAUUAUUACAUCACGGACCUAUCAUUUGAUAUACUGUCCCUAGAGGCUCUAUUUUUGGUCCCACGGAUAUGCUCACUUGUGAGCUUAAACUCCUAUUUUGGAAGCCUGAUACCUGUUUUGAAGGAGAUGACCAAGACGUUUUUCCGGUUUAUCCCUGUGAUCGUAGUCCUGUAUCUGGGGUUCUUGACGACAUUUACUAUGCUCGCCCGUGACCGCCUCUCUCUACGGCAAAUGUCAUUUUUGGUGAAAGUGUUCUUUGGGGCGAAUGAUUUGGGCUUUGACAAGUCUCACGAGAUUUCCCCAAUUUUCGGUUAUGGGUUGAUGUUAAUUUUCGUUUCCAUGACAAACUUGCUGUUGAUCUCGUCGUUGGUCACUCUGAUGAGCAUGAGUCUAGAAGGAGUUAUGGCUCAUGCGCGGGAGGAGUAUCUUUUCCAGGGAGUCAUCGAUGACUACAGAAUCUCAUCCCACUUCUCUGUAUUCGUCCCUUGCGGCUCUUCUUAUCUGCAGAGCACAUACGCCGGCCGCCGCUCCCUUGCAAGGCGUAGUAGUCGAUUUCCCCCGGCGGCUACACCACGGGGGAAUGACCGGCGCACAUCGAUUCAGGGUGGCCUCGUUCUCCCCACGCACCGCGCUCCGCUCCAUGCCUCCGCAAUGGAGCGUUCUUUGGGUGCUGGGAAACCUAAGGAACACGCUAAACCGGGCCACCAUCCCGACAUGCGCGGGCUAGGCAUGGGGCAGGCCGGGCGUGUUGACAUAGAAGAUAUGAUCGACGAAGUGGAACGUUUGCGGGCCCAAGUGGAGCGAGUGGCAGCUACGGCGGCCAUCCACCACGUACGCCAAUGA